AUGAUUCCUGUCCCUGAAGACUCUGCGGACUGGGGGGACACUCUUCAGGACCUGGAAUUUCUGGCGCUCACGGAUAGCACCUUCCAGUACAUGUUGACUGGAGACCAGUACGGUGCCCGCUCCCUCUUUGGGGGCCAGGCCCUGAUUUGCCCAGGAGCGGCCCUCACUCAGAACUACAAGCGCUCAGGGAGCAUCACGCCCUCCAUCCUGGAGCUGCUUUCGUGGCAAUGCCUCCACAUCUGCGGACACUGUCCCGGCGGAGUUCCCUACUCCAAUCCGGCAGUGAUUGGCAUGCUCAAAGACAACCUCCACAAGAAGGUGAACGUCGCCUUGAUCCCCAUUGAGGACUCCAUCCCAGAGGAUCGACAGGAUAAGCUGCACUUCCACACGGCCAGCGCGGAAGCAGCGAUCGGGGCCCUCACCGUCCGGGGCGUGACGCAGACCUACAUGCACGACUCGAAGCCGGAGCCGUCUCAAAUGUGCCGCAAGUACAUGCCGGAGAUGACUCGAACCUUCUGCGACGAUGAGGACUUGUACAACGUCUUGCAGAGUCCAGCCCAUCGUGCUGAUCUUUUUCGGUAUGUGUACCUGUACGAGCAUGGGGGCCUCUAUCUUGACAUCAAGUGCUCGCUGAGGAUGCAGUUUGAUGAGCUUCGGUCCUGCUUAGCGGAGGAGUGGGGCACUGCCCAGUCUUACGCGCAUUCAGCGCUGGGGCACUGCCCGUCCCCGCCCGGGCAACUUCCAAAGGACUACAUGGUCAUGGUCAUAGGCAACCGCGGCGAUCACCAUCUUUCAGGGCAUCCCCCGCAGCACGGAUGGAACAUCUCCAGCAGAUUUGGUCCGAUCUACUUGCUACGGGAGCGCCACAACAAGGAAUUGCUGGAACUGGAA